CUAUCUAUGAUCAUUUACACUGGGUGUGCUGUUAUUCUGAGCAUAUGCUAAUUUCAUAUGCUUGGUUGAAGAUAGUGUGUAGAUAAUUUGAACAUUUUUGCUUUUAAAAAUCUUUUAUUAUGUAGUGAUUCUAUUUAAUGGCUUUGAAAAAAUUCUUUCUCCAGAGAGAGAGCCAAACGAGAUUUAAUUAUUUUUGAUCACACUUUUGGAGGGCUGGCAUGUUCUAUGUUGCGUUUCCCCCACCUCAGUGGUAUCAGCUAGAUUUAGGAGAAAAGUCACUGGGGGCUCUGUGCAGACAGUUAACUUGUUUGAUUUCCCCAGAGGCACUGGUUCUUUGAUCUUCUACUAGUGUAGCUCCUCUGAUCUUUUAUUCUGUGAGGUGUUUGUGUCUCUGUAUGAUGGAUGUUUCACUGACCCAGUAAAUGGAAGAAAAUUUUCUCCAGCCUUUAAAUGUAUUGCUUUCCUUGUUCUUUCAAAAAACACACUUUUGUUAGGGAAGAACGUUUUGGAGACGUUUGGCAUCAAAUCAACAGAAUUGUGGCCUUUAAUGGAACCUGAAGCACUGAUAGGUGGUUUGAUGGGUUUUGGAAGCUGACAAUGACGUGAAGAAAUUACGUUUCUACUGUGAUGCUUGAAAGUUAGUGACUGCUUACCAAAUUUUCAUGAAAAUUAAAUAUGACUUAGAAGCAUUUGGUUUAUGAAGGCUUAUGAUGUCAUCGGUUGCGACAGAAAGAAAACUCCAGCAGGCUGUGAGCCUGCAGGGAGUUGACCCAGAAACAUGCAUGAUUGUAUUUAAAAACCACUGGUCGCAGGUUGUGAAAAUCUUAGAGAAGCACGAUCCCUUGAAGAACACCCAAGCAAAAUACGGGUCCAUCCCUCCUGAUGAGGCCAGCGCUGUGCAGAACUAUGUCGAGCACAUGCUCUUCUUGCUGAUUGAAGAACAAGCCAGGGAUGCUGCCAUGGGUCCAAUCCUGGAAUUUGUGGUCUCCGAGAACAUUAUGGAGAAACUCUUCCUUUGGAGCUUGAGGCGGGAAUUUACUGAUGAGACUAAAAUGGAGCAGCUGAAGAUGUAUGAGAUGUUGAUCACUCAGUCCCACCAGCCUCUGCUGCACCACAAGCCCAUCCUGAAGCCCCUGAUGAUGUUGCUGAGCUCCUGUUCGGGAACAGCCACUCCCACUGUGGAGGGGAAGCUGGUUGUCCUGCUCAGUCAGCUCUGUUCCAUUCUUGCCAAGGAUCCAUCCAUCCUGGAACUCUUCUUCCACACUAGUGAGGACCAAGGGGCUGCCAACUUCCUCAUCUUCUCCCUUCUGAUUCCCUUCAUUCACCGGGAGGGGACCGUAGGCCAGCAGGCCCGGGAUGCUUUGCUUUUCAUCAUGUCUCUCUCUGCCGAGAACAGCAUGGUGGCCCAUCACAUCGUGGAAAACACCUACUUUUGUCCAGUGCUUGCGACGGGGCUCAGUGGUCUCUACUCUUCCCUGCCUACGAAGCUGGAAGAGAAGGGCGAGGAAUGGCACUGCCUUCUGAAGGACGACUGGCUCCUGCUCCCCGCUCUGGUCCAGUUCAUGAACUCCCUGGAGUUCUGCAAUGCCGUCAUUCAGGUGGCUCACCCCUUGAUUCGUAAUCAGCUUGUCAGUUAUAUCUACAAUGGAUUCUUGGUACCAGUCUUGGCUCCAGCUCUCCAUAAGGUGACUGUGGAGGAGGUCAUGACCACAACUGCUUAUCUGGACCUUUUUCUGCGUAGCAUCUCUGAGCCGGCACUACUUGAGAUCUUCCUCCGUUUUAUCCUGUUGCACCAGCACGAGAAUGUCCACAUCCUAGAUACUCUCACAAGCCGAAUCAACACCCCAUUUCGGCUUUGUGUGGUGUCGCUGGCAUUAUUUAGAACUCUCAUCGGUUUACAUUGUGAAGAUGUGAUGUUACAACUAAUUCUAAGGUAUCUGAUCCCUUGCAAUCACAUGAUGCUGAGUCAGAGGUGGGCUGUGAAGGAGAGAGACUGUUACUCUGUUUCUGCGGCCAAGCUGCUCGCCCUGACCCCCGUCUGCUGCUCCAGCGGGAUCACCCUGACGCUUGGGAACCAGGAGAGGGAUUAUAUUCUCUGGUCAAAGUGCACGCUUGAUAGUCCAGGGCCUGCAGAACAGCCGCCCCCCGAGGCGUUCUCGCCGUCGGCCUGCAUCGUGGAGUACGGCAAAGCCCUGGACAUCAGCUACCUGCAGUACCUCUGGGAGGCCCACACCAACAUCCUCCGCUGCAUGAGGGACUGCCGUGUGUGGUCCUCCCUGUACGAUGGAGACUCUCCCGACCCUGAGGCGCUUUGCCCAGGUCUGCCGGGCCCGCCCGAGGAGAGGGCUCCCAGCGCCGCCUACCCUGUGCUCAGGCUCCUGCAGCAGGUCCCUGGGCCGACGGGGCCCCAGCCAGCUCCUGGAAAGAAGAGCCACACGGAGCUGGAAUGGGAUGACAGCUAUGACACCGGGAUCUCCUCGGGGACGGGUGGGGGCUCCCUGGGACCGUAUGAGGAUGGGGAGGACUCGGGCCCCCCAGCCCCUGUGGACCCCCCCAAGCACAUCCAGGAGAUGAAGAAGAAUGCCAUCCUGCUCGUCAAAGGGGCCUACGUUGAAGAAUCCGACUUCCAGGAUGACGUGAUGGUGUACAGGCUGUGUGCUGAGAAGGAUGCUGAGGGCACCAGCAGUUCACAGGAUGCCGUGAGGCCCCCAGCUCAAGCCCAGACCCAGGUCCAGGGUCCCCCCGUGAACAAUGGCCCCCUGCCCAGCCCUCAGCCAGAGACAGAUUCAGAGGAGGGACAUAGUGGGGAUGAUUCAGACGUGUUUCACAGUGUGUCCAAGAAACCUGAACAAGAGAACGAGCCUGCAGUCGCCCCAGAAUCAAACCCCGAGGUGGCAGCCCCCACCCCCGAGGCAGAGCAUGGUACACACCUGGCGGUGACUAACCCCGAGGGUGAAGAUUUCAUUGCCCAGUAUGACCAGAUCAUUAAAGAACUGGAUUCCAGCACUGAGGGCUUGAUGGGACAGAAUUUCUCUUCAUCUGACCCCUCACUUCUCAUAAAGGAGCCGGAAGAGGAGGAAGAAGAUGAGAGCAAAGGAGAAGAGGAGAAAGGGAAGAAGGAACCAGAAGAGGAGGAGGACGGCUUUGACUCUUUCAUAGCUGAGACUCCUGCUGCAGAGACCCAGCCGUCCCCAUUUGGAGCGAGAGAUGAGGCUGCCUUUGCCAGUCACCGUCCCUCGAGGACUCAGAGCACCCCUUUCACAGGCCCGUUCAUCAGCGUGGUCCUGUCCAAGCUGGAGAACAUGCUGGAGAACUCGCUGCACGUGAACUUGCUGCUCAUCGGCAUCAUCACACAGCUGGCCAGCUACCCGCAGCCCCUCCUGCGCUCCUUCCUGCUCAACACCAACAUGGUCUUCCAGCCCAGCGUGCGCUCCCUCUACCAGGUCCUCGCAUCUGUGAAGAACAAGAUUGAGCAGUUCGCCUCUGGGGAGAGAGACUUCCCGGGCCUCCUCAUCCAAGCCCAGCAGUACCUGCUCUUCCGCGUGGACCUGUCCGACCCGAGCCCCGAGGCACCCACCAAAGAUCCUGUUCCGGAUGCCUCCAAGAGAGGAAGUGGCAAGAACUUCCUGGAUGGCCCCCCACGAGUGCUUCAGCCCUUCCUGACACACAGAGCCACGGCGUCCGGGGUGCCGCCCAGCCUGCCCCCGCCCGUGCGGGACACCAUGCUGGCGGCCGCCCUCUUCCCCGAGUUCCUGAAGGAGCUGGCAGCCUUGGCGCAGGAACACUCCAUCCUUUGCUGCAAGAUCCUGGGAGACUCGGAAGACACCUGCUGUUAGGUGUUUUGUUUUUUUUUUAAGUAGAGGUUCUUGUUUUUUAAGGUUUUAGUGUCUUGACUGAAUGUUCACUGCAAAGCUGCUUACGGACACCUCUACUUUGAGACUUCCUGACGAUACUUGAUUUGUGGGGAGGGGGUUUUCUGUGCACCUCCAGUUCCCCAGCCGGGUCUUCCCACCUCGUAUGCCCUGGAAUCUAAGUCUCAGCAGCUGGUUGCGCUUUUGGCAGGCUUUCUGGGCUCAGUUUUUCCUCCUCAGAGUUCUUGGUCCUUAUUCUCCCAUCCCUUUGAGUCACUCAGCUUGCAGCUUAGACCAUACCCAGUGAACGCCGGGAAUCAGUGAUUUCUAGAGGUGCCUGUGUCAGAAGGCCGGCCCUUCCACAGCACAUGAGAACACACACCUGUCCCUGUGGCCUUCUGCAUCGUGGCUCCCAUCUUAUAAAGGGAAUAAAGAUGGAGCCCUUCCCACCUCUGUCACACAAGCACAUAGCAUCCGUCCCGCUGCAUUUUAUUUCCAAGACUUGUAUUCCGUCCAACACGUGUUGCCUUAUGGUGCAGGCAAAUCCAUUGGUCUCAGCUCUCUGCCUGGGAAGUCAGAUGUACUUGGAGAGAAUCUGGAACGCAGGGAAAUGUUCUUGUUGCUUGAGAGCUUUCUUUACUCAGUAUAUCACUACCUAAACACUGAAAAGAGCCUUAUUUUAGUAAGAUUUGCACAAAAUGAACUAUGCCUAUGCAAGCUGUUACUUUGGUUUUUAGGGCUUUGAUCGAUCUGAUGAACAAAGCUUGGUAUCACAUGCUUAUGUAAGAAGACAGCCAUUGUUAUUUUUAUAAGUGUUUUAUGAAAAACAAACUGAUGCAUUUGUGAAACUAUUUCAUAGUGGGGUUUUUUUUGGGGGGGGUGUUGAGGGGGAAAGGAUAAAAGUAAACUAAAUACAAUCUGUAAAAACUUUGAUAAUUAUUUUUAAAUGUUUGCUUUUUCUAACAUGUUGCACUUUGUGGAGAAACAGGAACUGUACAGCCACUAUGGGAACCGGGAUGUAAAGGCACGCAGGUCGCGGGUUGCCCUGCCAAGCCAAGUGCCUGCCGGGGCCGCACUCCACGCAGAAACACUGCCUGCUGAGUAAGGGGCUCACUAGGAGGCCCCACGGGGAUGUAUUAGCGCCUCUCUGCGCUGCAGCCUGCUACGCCAGGCAUAAUCACUCUUAAAGCCACGGCCUCCUACCCCAGAGAGGGGAAAGCACAAAAUAAUUGUGGGCUAAAAAACAAUGCCAAAAACAACUGAUAUUCAUGGAUAUUAGAUUCCACUCCCCUCUCUUGUGGGCAGGUGAGAAGCACAUAACCAGGAUGAGCAUCCCUGUUUGAAAGGAAAUUGGAAGCCCGGGUCUCUGUGUUCUCUUUGCCGGUAUCUUGCUGAGCCCCGGGGCGGCCACAGGGCUGUGCCUCAGGAGCGCCGGUUUGGUUUUAAUCAGGCUGUAGUAUAGGAGGGGCGUGGAGGAGAGAACCACGUCUGAGAUGCUGCAGAGCUGAGGCUGCCUUUUGUGUUUCAGGGAUCUUGAGUCAGCUCUGUACCUGGAGCAAGUGAGCCAGGCCUGGAAUGAAGCCCCAGGAGCUCUGGCCGGGGCUGGGUGGCUCCCAGGAGUGCUCCCAAGUCUAGGCAAGGAACCAAAGACACCGAGUCAUCGUACACUUCUGACUUCAAACUUGUCUGUCGCGGAAGAUGGUUUGCCCCGCUGCGGUGCAACAGCCAGGACGUCUGAAGCCCAGCAGACUGGUCUGUUCUUGGCUUCCCGACACCUGCUUGUAUUUGCACAAGUCUCUACUGGAAAAGAUGGCAGCUCAGAGAUCCAGAGAGAGGAGCAGAAGGUGGAGUUUCAGCUAUCAUUUAUUAUCCUCCAAGCUUGUUUUGCACAAGUAUUUAUCUUCCAGUUUGGACUUAGCAGGUAUAAAAGAUGCUAAAGUCGCAUCUGGAAGCCAUACUCUUCAGUUUUCUGGUCUGAUUUACACUUCUUUCCAUUAUCUGGUGAUGGUGUUGAUUCUUCUUCUUGAGUCCACGUUGCUUUAUGAUAGAAAACCACAAUCCCCUUUGUGGAAGGCGCCGUCUGAGAAAGAGUAUUUUUAAAGUAGGUACUGAAGUAGACUUGCUUUAAAGGAGCACAGAGGUGACCAGUGUCUGGGGUGAGAGGCAGGAAAAUUAACUCCCAUGGUGGGGUGCUGGUAGCAGACCCACAUGACAACCUCUCUAUUUGGAGGUGGACACCAGUUCAGGAUUCUGAAUCCACUUCAGCCCUCUACCAGAGUGUUACGCCCAGGUUUUCUCAAAAGGAAGUCAGAAAAUGGACCUGAAAAUACAUUCUAGGGAACUGGUGAAGCCAUGCCGUUGGGGGGAACAGCCAGGUGGGUUAGGUAAGGAUGGUCUGGGGGUGGUGUGGACAUGCCAGAGGGAAGACAGCAGAAACCGGAAGCUAAAAUAGGAGAAGAGCAAAUCCUGGGGGGUUUGGAGGAAUGAACAUGGGUCUAGGUGGACAGGAAGAUACUGAACAGCAGGGGGUGGCAAUGGGAAUUCCUUGAUGGGAAGAAUCUCGGUAAUGAAGACUAUUCCAGUCAUAAAGUAAUAGGGGACACCAUUAGAAAUCUCUUUCGCAGUGAGCUUGGGGAAGAAUUUUGAUCGAUGCUUGGCAUGCUUUACAAUGUCCCAGCGCAUGGACGCUUUUGCACGUGACAGGCUCCCACGUUAGCCGCUACGCUGCUGGCCGGAGGACUCAGUGGGCACGGGCUUUGGUGCAGCCCCUGAGGUUGGCGUCGCCGUGUCGAGCCUGUGGCCCCGGGCAGCGGAGCUGAGUCAUGGGUUUCAGGAGCAUCCCGUCCUUCCCCUCGAUUCAUAAUUCAGGGUCUGAUCUAGAGUUCUAGGUUGAGUGGAUUUUGUGGUUCAAAGUAUGUGAGAGCACUGGGGUAUUUAAAAUUGAUUUUUGGAAAUGGCCAAGUAAAUGUUUUUAAAAUUUUAAAGCAAUUCCAGGUUGAGUUUAGCCUACAGUACAGUUGUAUGGAGUGAAUUACAGAUUCCCAGACGUGAAAUGGGAAUGCUGGAGUAACCAAUCAGGUGUGGUUUUCUUAGUAGAUACUUCCUUUCCCUGGUAUUUAGAGGAGUUGUGAAAUGGUCCCCAUUUUACUUGGUAAAAUAUUUUGAUGCGCUGGGGAUGGAAUCGAUGUCUCUGUUGCGUGUAGGGAGGAUGCAGUCACUUCUUCUGCAGGUCCUCAGGGGUACCUUUUUCCUCAGCAAGUGGCUUUUAUAGGUCUGAUGCAGUUGUUGAUUUUCAACCCAUUAAGACAUCCUGCGGCCAGGAUGGUAUCAGGAGAGCAUCCUCUUUAUAAGCAAAAUCUAGAAACAGGAUUAUGUGAUGUUCAGGUUACCUGUUCAUUUUGGGCAGCCUGUGGUACUCGGGGUUGAAAGUCGUUUUUGAUGCCUCUGAAUCAGCUUGGUCGCUGUGGUCAGCGUGGGUGGGUUUCCAGCUGUGCGCAGAGGUUUGGGGUCGUGGGCGGGCUGCCCAUUCUGAACGUGGAUCAGUGUGUCUGGGCCGCUCUCCUGUGGGACGUGCGGCCCCAGCGGGGGUGGGACGUGUCCCUGGGGUGACGGUGAAUGUCUGCAGCGCACACCCAGCUCUCAUGCAGGGGGGGGUCAGUGUAAUUGCUAAUUACCAGCUGUGUAUUUACUGAAAUGGCUGGCGCGUGUGGCCAUUUUUAUGAAACACUUUACUGCAGGACGGCUAUUACUGCACGGGCUACUGGAGUCACUGGCCAGGCUGGUGUAAUUUGUGGCUCGCGGUGCGUCCCAGCCAGCCUUGCCAUAUCAGCUCCUGAACAGCAGGCCUCUGUAGCCGAGGCCACGAUGCUGUAAGUCGUUAAGAUAUUCUCGGCCCCUUCUCGCUUCAACCAUCAGUCUGUAAAUCACACAACACCGAUUCUCCAUCAAAUAAUAGCUUAAGGCAGAAUACCGGCAAACCAGUUUAUACUCCAUUCUUAAAUCACAUCACGGAGGAAGCAUUUUAAGAAAAUGUAGUUGACUUAUUUUUUCCCUGUUUGAAUGACCAUCAUAAACCCAACGCUUUAGAAAGAGCUCUCGAAAGACUAACAGUUGUUUCCGGGAUAAUUUGGCCUCUGUAAAUCCUAUGUUUGGGCGUUUAUUAGGCCAUUGCUUGUUUUGCAGGACAGAUCAUCCUGGCAGCUCAUUAACUGGAUAAACAGGGCUUCAGUGAAGGAUUUUCAUUGAGGCUUUGUAGGGAAAAGAGGGACAGGGAUGAAGUUCUUUGGCCUCUGCACUUGGAAUCCUAAGACGGGGGCUGAUUUUAGCUGGGAAGGCCCCUCCCUGUCCCGUCGUCACUGUGAAUUUUGUUCCUGCCUGUCACUCACACAGGGAACAAGGCCACCAGUAACAUCCCAUACAUAUUUCAGGCAUCUUUGGGGAAACUUAGAUUUACUAUGUCCGUUCUGAACCCGAGAAGGGUCAUGGCAGCUCUUGGGCCAGAUUUUGCAUUUCACGGAGCUGAGGCUACAUUAGUCUGUGCUUCUUAGGGAGGCAGCUGACUUUUUAUUGGGACAAGUCUACGAAAGGCCCACCUAUUAACAAGGUCCUAUUUUGCCCUGUAGAUAUUUUAAAGGAGAUUAUUUGGUGUUGAUAUUACUUAAAUGAUUUUUGCUAAGAUGUUUGACUGAGGCAACAAGAGAGGAUUUCAGUCAGCUGCUUUCCGUCUCACCGAGGGUCAGCUCUGUUCACAAAUAAUCCAUGAAUGCAGUUUGUCUAAAAUCUCCUCAAGAAGCAUGGCAGGGACUUCCUAGGUGGCGCAGUGGGUAAGAAUCCGCCUGCCAAUGCAGGGGACACGGGUUUGAUCCCUGCUCCGGGAAGACCCCACAUGCUGUGGAGCAGCUAAGCCCGUGUGCCACAACUAUUGAGCCUGCGCUCUAGAGCCUGUGAGCUACAACUAUUGAGCCCGCGCUCUAGAGCCUGUGAGCUACGACUAUUGAGCCCGUGUGCCACAACUACUGAAGCCCAACAUGCCUCGAGCCUGUGCUCCACAAUAAGAGAACCUCGAUAUGGAGCCUGUGCGCCAAAGGAAGAAGAACCCCUACUGGCUGCAAUUAGAGGAAGCCCGUGUACAGCAACAAAGAUCCAGCACAGCAAAUUUAAAACAAACAAACAAACAAACAUGGCAGCCAUUUCCAUGCUGCUUUUGGAGUUGGGUAAAUAACAUGGCCUUUCAGAUAGAUUUAGUUUUGUUUUUUUUUUUUCAAAUAGUCACUGUGGGAUCCUUGAAAUGAUGCAGCUAAAUUCAACAGACAUGAAAGACACACUAUAGAUUGUGUGUCCUGCUCAUAAGCAGUAUAUUGAAUUAGCCAACUCAAAGCUCUAGGAGGGUGUUUACCUGAAACAAAUUCAUAGCCUUCUUUCCAGAUUAACAAUAAUUACAAAAAAGAAGGGAGGGAGGGGGCUCAGCUAAAACAUCCUUAAUUUGGUGUAAAUAACGACACGUUUUUCUCCUGGGUUGUCCACAUCUUAAAAGAUGGGAACAGAAGUUCAUCUUGAUGCAUGAGCCUGGACAGAGUCAAGACGCUCCUUCCUAGAUCUGGCAUUUAAAAGCCUAGUGGCUGGCAGCACCCACCUCUCCUACAGUGGGACGCGCGGCGGGGCAGGGGGCACGUCACCAGGCACGUGGGAGCUCAGCUCCCCGACCAGGGAUUGAACCCGCACCCCCUGCAGUGGGAGCGCGGAGUCUUAACCACUGGACCGCCAGGGAAGUCGCUGUUCAUUACAUUUCUUUUAAUACAUUUAAUAAACUUUUACUAAAAACGGCCUCUGUGCCAGGUCACAGGCUGAGUGCUGAGGCUGCCCUUCCUCGCCUCCCACCAGAACCAGCCAACCAACCUCCUCCUCAAGCCACCGCGCGCCUGUUUGGGCCUCACCAGGCCGAGCUGGUCC